AUGUAUAGAGGAGCAUUUACACUGGAUGCCUACAUUAGCGUGAAAAUAUAUUUCACAUUUGUUGAUUUCAUUGGAUCGAUCAGUAUUAUAAUGAAGGUUAAGGCUGCAAGGAGAGUCUCUGUCUUCAAUCGACUUGAAGGAGGAUUUGUUAAAAAACAAAGUCUACGUCUACUGGCUUUCUCGGAAAUGCAAUCGGGAUCCAUGCAAGACAUAUACUCUUGGUUCUGUGAAUCUGGAUUUACAAUAUUAACGAAGUUAGAGGGGCACACUAAGAACAUUACUGGAAUUGCUCUCCCAUCUGGUUCUGAGAAGCUAUAUUCUGUCAGCAAAGAUAGAACUAUUCGCAUUUGGGACUGCAACAGUGGUCAGUGUGCUAGUGCUGUUGAUCUCGAUGGUGAAGUUGGGUGCUUGAUUAGUGAAGGUCCAUGGCUGUUUGCUGGAUUGCCAAAUGCUAUUAAGGAAGGUGCCAUAUUAGCGUGGAAAUGGGGUGUUGAAGCCAAUAUUCCUGAACUGGCUGCAACGAUGAAGGGACACAAUGGUGCUGUGUGUUCACUUCUUGUGGGAGAUAAUACUAGGCUUUAUUCGGGUUCGAGCAACAAUACAAUAUGGGUUUGGGACCUCCAAAUGUUGCAGUGUAUGCAGACAUUACAUGGGCAUACCGGGGAUGUGGCUUCUGUUAUUUGUUGGGACAGAUAUUUGUUAUCUGCUUCUGCGGACAUUCUUUUGAAAGAAUCUCAUUUUCCCGACCACCCGAUUUGGGAGUUGGAUUUAGGUCUCUUGGAGGAUCUAGGCAUGGAAUUCGGGUUCGGACCAACUCUGGUGUCAAUAGCGGAGGUUUCCUCACCAGUGGAGCUUAGGGCUGUCGAAGGUUCACUUACAUGUUUUGCUGCACUCAUUAUCUGUUAG